AUGUUCAAACUUCGGCGUCAAAGCUGCCUUUUCCUUGGCUGGUUCUAUUUAAAACUGAAGGAGAACAGGAAACCGGGUGAUGAACAGGGCUCAGCAUCACGUCCUUCGCCAUGGGAUCUCAGUCCCGUCACCCUUCAAGCUGAAUCGGUCGACCUUGUCCCGAACGGCGUCCGAUCAACAUACAACGACGUCGUCGUCGAGUGUGCCAACGGAACGUCGUAUAAGGCCUCCGUGGUGAUCUGCAAGGUUUGCAAUGCUAUCCAGACCUACUGGUAG